CACCUCAAUUGUUAGCUGCAGUAGUCCAAGACAUCCUUCAUUUGGCUAAACAAGCAAGAGGGGAAGGGCAUCAUGAGAUGUGUUGCUCCCUUUGCAACCCAAAUUUUCCUGGCUGGAAUUCUAUUGUUCUGUUGUGAAAGUUUGGAUGGAUUCAUACUUCCAUGCCCAUCCUCAAAUAUUAAUUGCAAAAGGAAUACCAAUUCUCCUAGUUAUGACAAUGUGAAUAUUCAGGAGACAAUUGGUAACUUCAUUGAAUUUCUUAGAUCAUCAAUUUUAAAAUUAUGGAGUAGAUUAACUAAAUCAAAUCCUCAUGAAUAUUUGGAUGAAACAGGAUCUCAUGAAAAUCUGCUGAAAAAGCUGUACAAAUCAUCCACUGUCCUACAAGUGGCACCCAAAGCAAAAAUAACCAAAAAGGAAGAGACUCAAGAGUUGGAAGUCCAAAAGGAUUUAACUACAGGAAUGUUGGAAGUUUCUAGGGACAUCAGCCUGAGGACUAAAAUCUAUCUAGAAGGGUUAACUCUCAAAGAAAAAAUGAGACGAAACAAAGAGAAAACUCAUGAGUUGGAGAUGCAGAAGGAAGUGACUAGAGAAAUUUUGGAAGCUCUUAAGCUUAAGAGGUGGCCGAAGGUGAUUCUCAGAGAAAAAAUAACAGAAAACAAAGAGAAAAUUCAUGAGUUGGAUAUUCCAAAGGAAGUGCCUACAGAAAUUUCAGAAGCUCUGAAGGUUAAUAUGGGGUCAAAGGUGACUCUCAAAGCAAAAAUAAUAGGGAACAAAGAGAAAACUCAUGAGUUGGAGAUGCAGAAGGAAAUGACUAAAGAAAUUUCAGAAGGUCUGAAGGUUAAUAUGGAGCCGAAGGUGACUCUCAAAGAAAUAAUAACAGAAAACAAAGAGAAAAUUCAUGAGUUGGAUAUUCCAAAAGAAAUGCCUACAGAAAUUUCAGAAGCUCUGAAGAUAAAUAUGGGACCAAAGAUGACUCUCAGAGAAAAAAUAAGAAAGAAAGAGAAAAUUCAUGAGUUGGAGAUUCAGAAGGAAGUGACUAGAGGAAUUUCAGAAGCUCUGAAGAUUAUUACGGGACUGAAGGUGACUCUCAGAGAAAAACUAAGAGGAAAGAAAGAGAAAAUCCAUGAGUUGGGGAUGCAGAAGGAACUGAUUAGAGGAAUUUCAGAAGCUCUGGAGAUUAUUAAGGGUCUGACGGUGAUUCUCAGAGAAAUAAUAAAAGAAAACACAAAGGAAAUUGAUGAGUUGGAGAUUCAAAAGGAAGUGUCUAAAGAAAUUUCAGAAGCUCUGAAGAUUAAUAAGGAGUCGAAAGUGACCCUCAAAGCAAAAAUAAUAGGAAACAAAGAGAAAAUUCAAGAGUUAGAGAUUCAAAAGGAAAUGGCUGCAGAAAUGUCAGAAGCUCCGAAGAUUAAUACAUGGCCAAAGGUAACUCUGAAAGAAAAAAUAACAGAAAACAAAGAGAAAAUUCAUGAGUUGGAGAUUCAAAAGAAAGUGGGUACAGACAUUUCAGAAGCUCUGAAGUUUAAUACAGGGCCGAAGGUGACUCUCAAAGAAAAAAUAAGAGGAAACAAAAAGAAAACUCAUGAAUUGGAGAUACAGAAGGAAGUGGCUACAGAAAUUUCAGAAGCUCUUGCUUCACAUUCCGUGGCUGAAAAAAUAGGGAAGCCUGUAGCGCUACUAAAUCCUCAGCAGGUUGCUUCCCUUAAGAGGCUUCCUCAAGCAUCGGCUCACUCCUUACAGAAGCGCUCCAUUUUACACCUUCCAACUCAGCUGCCUCCUUUGACUUCUUCUUUUGUAGUGGUUGAUAGUGGUGAGGAACAGCCUGAUAAAGUGGUCUUUAUUCUGAAAUCUGGCAACAGAUCAGCAAGGCCCAGCCAUGUAAAACACCUUGUAACCAGCGAACAGGCAAAAGAGAAAAAUACUCAGAAUGAACAAAUCGCAGAGAAUGAAGCGCAUUGGGAUUAUCAGGAACAAAGCACCUCUACUCCCCUUUUAUUUGACUUUUUGUCAAGCGCUGAUAACUAUUUUCUUCAGGGAGAUAUCUUUGAAGUUGAGGUGCAAAAACAGUUGGCACACCUGAUCCUUAAUGAGCCUAGGAGGAACCUAACUGCCCACUUGAUCCGUAUGAUAAAUGUGAAUUGCAGAGAACCGACUACCCAGACGUCUUGUGAUUUUCUCAUCUCUAGAAUUGGGCUUGUAAUGAAACUCUUCAAUAACAGAAAAACCAUCCAGGAAGCAUCUGCUCUGUUGAAAUCUGAUUUGUUGCUGACUAAAAAUGAAACCAAUAUGAAUAUACCAAGCUCCAGAAAAAUGGAGAAACCUGAGAUACCAAAGCAGGGAAUUCUACAAUAUGGGAAUGGCCUCAAAUGGUGGUUGGCUGUUUCUGUGACAACUGUGAUGGUGGUUAUUAUUGUAAUAAUUUGUUUGAUUGAGAUCUGUUCUCAUAAAACUGCCAAAGGAACAGAAGGAACCCCUCCUGUAAAACGGACAUUUCUGGGUAGAAAGAAGGAAGAUAAACCUGAAAAACAGAUUUCAGCAUCUUCUUUCGACAAGCCUCCUUGGCUUAAGGAUAUGUAUGAAUCUCUUGAUAAAGUAGGCAAAAAAUACAGCAGUGAUAAAUCUGUUAAUGAAGAAUCCUCUGGAGAAGAAGAGACAUUCAAUCGUGAAAGCACAAGAUCUCCAGAAAUAUCUGAGCCUUUUCCUGUGGAAAUAACGGAGAUAAUGCCAGCACCCCCACCACCACCCCCAUCAGCUGAACCUCCGGCUCCGGCUCCGGCUCCGGCUCCAGCUCCGGCUCCGGCUCCGGCUCCAGUUCCGGCUCCAGCUCCGGCUCCGGCUCCAGCUCCAGCUCCAGCUCCAGAGCCUGUUAAAAAGGCCAGUUCAAAGAAACUGUCUGAAAAAGAGACAACCACUAGUGAAACCUCACCAACGACUGAGUCUGAAAAAGAGACGCCCACUACUGAAACCACUACAAAGACUGAGGCUUCAGAAGAAGAAGGAACUGAAGCUACGUCAAAGAAAACAAGUUCAGAAGAAGGAGAUGAGGAUGAAGAAGACUAAUCCUACUUAUGUAUUGCUAUAUAUUUUAUUAUUAAAUACAUUUCUCCAUGCA